UGCUCCAGCGGGGUGGUCCUGCCCGUCUGGAACCCGCAGAACCCGUCGGUGGGCGACAAGGUGGCCCGCGCCAUCGUGUACUUCGUGGCGCUCAUCUACAUGUUCCUGGGCAUGUCCAUCAUCGCCGACCGCUUCAUGUCGUCCAUCGAGGUGAUCACGUCGCAGGAGAAGGAGAUCACCAUCAAGAAGCCCAACGGCGAGACCACCACCACCACCGUGCGCAUCUGGAACGAGACCGUGUCCAACCUCACGCUCAUGGCGCUGGGCUCGUCCGCGCCGGAGAUCCUGCUCUCCGUCAUCGAGGUGUGCGGGCACAAGUUCGAGGCGGGCGACCUGGGCCCCAGCACCAUCGUGGGCAGCGCGGCCUUCAACAUGUUCGUCAUCAUCGCCAUCUGCGUGUACGUGGUGCCGGACGGCGAGACGCGCAAGAUCAAGCACCUGCGCGUCUUCUUCGUCACCGGCGCCUGGAGCAUCUUCGCCUACAUCUGGCUCUACCUGAUCCUGUCGGUGUUCUCGCCCGGCGUGGUGGACGUCUGGGAGGCCGUGCUCACCUUCCUGUUCUUCCCGCUCUGCGUGGUGCAGGCCUGGAUCGCCGACCGCCGCCUGCUCUUCUACAAGUACGUGCAGAAGCGCUACCGCGCCGACAAGCACCGCGGCAUCAUCAUCGAGUCCGAGGGCGACGGCUCGGCCGGCUUCACCAAGACGGACAUGGAGAUGGACGGGCAGGGCGCCAACUCCCACCACAAGGAGGCGCUGGACGGCAUGCUGGUGGGGGCGGAGGGGGGCGCGCGGGACCUGGAGGACGAGGCCCGCCGGGACAUGGCGCGCACCCUGAAGGAGCUGAAGCAGCGGCACCCGGAGAAGGACAUGGAGCAGCUCAUCGAGAUGGCCAACUACCAGGUGCUGGUCCAGCAGCAGAAGAGCCGGGCCUUCUACCGCAUCCAGGCCACGCGCAUGAUGAUCGGCGCCGGCAACAUCCUGAAGAAGCACGCGGCCGACCAGGCCCGCAAGGUGGUGAGCUGCCACGAGGCGCGGGCCCAGGAGGACGACGGCCAGACCGUGCGGCUGGAGUUCGAGCCCUCGCACUACCAGUGCUUCGAGAACUGCGGCUCGCUCAAGCUGUCCGUGGCCCGUCGCGGGGGCGACAACGCCUGCACGGUCAAGGUGGACUACCGCACGGAGGACGGCACGGCCAACGCGGGCUCGGACUACGAGUUCGCCGAGGGCACGCUGCUCUUCAAGCCGGGCGAGACGCUGAAGGAGCUGACGGUGGGCAUCAUCGACGACGACAUCUUCGAGGAGGACGAGUACUUCUACGUGCACCUCAGCAACCCGCGGCUGGUGGGCUGGUCGGAGCACGGCGCCCCGGACUCCGGCUCCUCCGCGGGCCCCGCCUCCCCGCAGAUGCCCAAGGCGGCGCUGGGCGAGGCGCACACGGCCACGGUCACCAUCUACGACGACGACCACGCCGGCAUCUUCACCUUCGAGAGCGAGGCCACGCGCGUGAGCGAGAGCGUGGGCACCAUGCAGGUGAAGGUGCAGCGCACCUCCGGCGCCCGCGGCCUGGUCGCCGUGCCCUACCGCACGCUCGACGGCACCGCCAAGGGCGGGGAGGACUACGAGCCCGCCGCCGGCAAGCUGGAGUUCCUCAACGACGAGACCAUGAAGAUGAUUGAGGUGAAGAUCAUUGACGAUGAAGAGUAUGAGAAGAAUAAAGUCUUCACCAUUGAGCUGGGGGAACCCGUGCUCCUGGAGAUUGGCCAGAAACACGGUGAGUCCAGGGACGGGGUAGCUGGAGACUCUAACGAGAACAAGCCGGUGAUGGGAGUGGAGGAUGACGAGGUGGCCAAGAUGGGCUGUCCCAGCCUGGGGGAACACACCCGACUGGAGGUGGUGAUUGAAGAGUCUUACGAAUUUAAGAGCACAGUAGACAAGCUGAUUAAGAAGACCAACCUGGCCCUGGUGGUGGGCAGCAGCAGCUGGAGAGAGCAGUUUGUCAGUGCUGUCACUGUCAGUGCAGGUGACGAUGACGAGGAGGAGAGCGGCGAAGAGCGGCUGCCCUCCUGCUUCGACUACAUCAUGCACUUCCUGACGGUGUUCUGGAAGGUUCUGUUCGCCUUCGUGCCGCCCACGGAGUACUGGAACGGCUGGGCCUGCUUCAUGGUGUCCAUCUCGCUGAUCGGCGUGCUGACGGCCGUCACCGGAGACCUGGCCUCCCACUUCGGCUGCACCGUGGGCCUCAAGGACUCCGUCACCGCCGUGGUGUUUGUGGCCCUCGGCACCUCCGUACCAGACACCUUCGCCAGCAAAGUGGCGGCCAUCCAGGACCAGUACGCGGACGCCUCCAUCGGCAACGUGACGGGCAGCAACGCCGUCAACGUGUUCCUGGGCAUCGGCGUGGCGUGGACCAUCGCGGCGGUGUACUGGCGGAGCAAGGGCCAGCCGUUCCGCGUCAACCCGGGCUCCCUGGCCUUCUCCGUCACCCUCUUCACCAUCCUGGCGCUGGUGUCCGUCAUGGUGCUCCUCUACCGCCGGCGGCCCUCGGUGGCGGGGGGCGAGCUGGGGGGGCCCCGGACUGCCAAGCUGGUCACCGCCAUGCUGUUCGUCUCCCUCUGGCUGGUGUACAUCAUGCUGGCGUCCCUGGAGGCCUACUGCCAACUGCCCAGCUUCUGAGCGAGCGGGCGAGCGAGAGAGAGACGGCCUCCUCUUCCACCGGCUGCUCCUCCCUUCCCUUCUCGUCGUUGGCCUCCUACGCCUCAGAGCUACCAGACACCGACCUCCCCCCCAGACACCCCACCUGCCCUGUUCCUCCAACUCCUCCGACACCCUCCUCCUGUCCCCUGCAUUCAUCCGGUGCAUCCUUGGUCAGUGUUCAGCCUGUAUGGAUAUAAAUGCCCUUUUUUUUUUUUUUUGGUGACUGUUUUUAUGGUUUGGUUUCUUAAUUUAUUGUUUCUCGCUCCCGGCGACUCUGGUGUGGAGACCUUGCCACUCCUUGUGCACACUGAACAUUCUCAGGAGAAUGUCUGUCCUUCAGGGUCCAGUAGAGGAGGAGAGGGUCACUGCGCAGUAGAGGAGGAGAGGGGCACUGAAAAGCAGUGUGUUUGUACACCGUCCACACACCUUCUUUUUAAACACCCGCAACUUUGAGUUAUGUUUCCCCUGCUUUUCUCCUCCCACUCUCCCUUCUUUUUUUCUUUUUUUUGCUGUUGUAGUACACCUCCUUCUGCCUAGUUUGAAAUCCCUGUCAGGAGUAUGAAUCCAUUCCCACCCUGUUCCAAAUGAAACGGCCCUGCCCCUUUCCCAAAGACUAACUCUAAUUCUCACUUACUUCUCAACGGUGUCAUGUGCUCGUCUUGUUGUGAACGUGUAAAAUGGUUAUCAAGUGAAGAACAAAACAUGUGAAAAUGAAACUGAGAAAUGAAGAUGACGGACUGAACGCUUUGUGCCCGGAAAGGAAACUAAAUUUGGGAACUGGGCACAUGCAGCAGUCCCUGCCUGGGGUCACGUUAACCAUAAUUUUACAAUGGGUUUACACAUUACGCAGGAACUAAGGAGCCAAAAUCAAAAAAUGGACUUUACGGUGGACUUCCACUACCAGAAGAAGAAUCUUUAUAGAAGAGAAUGGUAUUAGUUAUUUUAACUGCUGUCUCCAGCUAUAUAUGGUACAUAACAAAAUGGUUUUGGAACGUGAGGUAACCAAGAGAGUCUGAUUUUAUGAGGAAAACUGAACUACUUCAGACACACGCUUGCAGGAGUAAUGCUGAAGAAGCCCAUAAAAAAAAUAAAAAAAUGCUGUUAAGUAGAAUAGAAUUUGAAACCUUUUUAAUGUUACGGUGUCCAGUGUUAUGUGACAGGCUUCUAUUUUGGGAUAUCUGUCUUAAUGUCAAAUAGCCUCGAUGUUAAAAGCACAGCUAUGGUGGGGGACCGCUCUCGACUGCUCAGAGAUGCCAUAUAGAGGAAACCAAUGACCUCUGACGACUCAGAUGAUCUUUAGGAAACUUGACACACGUCUGUCAUUCGCGCCCGAACCUCCGCUAAUGCCGAUUGACUCUUUGUUAUGUUAUUAUUUGAGAUGGGCAUUUCGAGAGUUGCCAGGGGAUUACACCAGUGCGUUCAUGAAUAUUUUAGAUCCCUUCUGAGUGAGCUUAAGAAAAACAACAGGAAAGGGCGAUGUCAGUGUCAGUGGUUCAGCAUCGAUCCCUUAACGGGGGAGUUACACAUUUUUCCAGUUGCGAUUGGAAGAUUGCCAGGCCGUGUUAUGCACAAUAAGGAGUUAUGCUUCUGUUUUGUUUGAGAGGAUAUUGAAAAUAUAUUCUGGUACUUACGGGCAGAUAUCUCGAGGAAAUUGGCUUUGUAUGACAUCACAGGUAUUUUGAUGGGUUUUAUCUUAUCAUAAUAUCAUUACAAAGGGUUUUUACGAUGGAUAUUGUUCUCCUUGGAACCUCGCAUUAAAACACCUCAUCCAAAGCAAUUUCACUUUAACACUUGUGUCACAUCUUAUAAACAUCUUACGCAACGGUCA